CUCAUACCGAAAGCAGGCACAAUGGCCAGCCGCUGACGGAAGAGCAUGCCCAAACAGCAUUCAAGAAUCACAGCGCAAGGAUAGCGCGUAAAUCGAACCUUUGUAUCAUUUCGUGUUUUCCUACGUCUGAGUAUCCAGGACCUAUUGCGGUGAUAGUCGGGGGAGCACUACCAAUUCUGAUCAGGGCUGCGCUGCGCUUGCCCCGUCCUCUGUCGCUGCCGUCCAAAGUCUUUUGAGCCAUGUCGUUCAUGAAGAAAAUCACCGGGUCCGCCGGAAAGUCGCCAACAGCGUUCAGUAAGAACAACGCAGUUAGUCCAACUGGCUCGCCUCACAACGAUGCGACGCUGUCGAAGGAGCCGAGUUCCAUGAAGUUGGAUGUCACUGGGGCGCUCAGCAAGCAGACGUCGGCCAUAUCGCUAUCGGGCAACGGUCCGGUUACGGCGACAUAUCAUAGCGGGACGUCGGGGCCGGAUGGUGAUGCUGGGAAAUCAAAGGAAUUUUCCGGGCCCGUCACCGCCUCCGCCGCCCGUCCAGUCGCCUCAACCAACCAACCCUCCCAAACACUGCCGCCCGUCGCAGGCGCCUCCGGCCAGUCCUCCAAAGGCACGCGCCAAAAGUUCUCCUUGGCCGAUUUCCACCUCGAUCGCACGCUGGGCACGGGCUCCUUCGGACGCGUCCACCUCGUUCGCCUUCGUUCGACGGGCAAGUACUACGCGAUGAAGGUGUUGAAAAAAACAGAGAUUGUGAAGAUGAAGCAGAUCGAACACACCGUGAAUGAGAAACAUAUCCUUGAAUUGCUGGACUUUCCGUUCUUGGUCAGCAUGCUGGGGACGUUCCAAGACUAUGCGAAUCUGUACUUUGUGAUGGAAUACGUGCAGGGAGGAGAACUGUUCUCUUACUUGAGGAGAUGCGGUCGUUUCCCAAACCACGUCGCCCGCUUCUACGCCGCCGAAGUAGUGAUGGCCUUCGAGCAUCUGCACUCAAAAGAUAUCAUUUACCGGGAUCUGAAGCCUGAGAAUCUCCUCAUCGACGCCAAGGGCAAUAUCAAGAUCACCGAUUUCGGGUUCGCGAAACAUGUGCCCGACGUUACAUGGACCCUCUGUGGGACGCCCGACUAUUUAGCCCCGGAGAUUAUUCAGUCGCGAGGUUAUGGACGUGCGGUGGACUGGUGGGCGCUUGGAAUCCUUAUUUACGAGAUGCUCGCGGGCCACCCCCCCUUCUACGACGAAGACCACUUCAAACUCUACGAAAAGAUCCUCGCCUGCCGUCCCAAGUUCCCCACCCAUUUCGAUCCCGCCGCCAAGGAUCUCGUCAAACGGCUCCUAUCCGCAGAUCUAACAAAGCGCUACGGGAACCUCAAGGGUGGUGUGAACGAUAUCAAGAAGCACAAGUGGUUCGCGGGCGUCGACUGGGAUAAGCUCAAGGCGCUCCAGAUCCAGUCGCCUUAUAUCCCGCCGCUUAAGGGCGACGGAGAUACGAGCAACUUUGAUGCGUACCCGGAAGACCACGAGCCUUAUGGCAUCGUUUGCCCUGAUCCAUAUAGAGAGAAGUUCAAGGAUUUUUAGAUGCGGAUGUAAUUUAGUCGUUCGAAUCCGAGAUUAUUAAGAAAUUGCUCGGGCAUGUUCCCGAAUGCUGGAAUCUCACGCCGUUUCAUUCGUGUACAGCGCUUGUAGAUGACGGGUUGCAUCGGGGCUAAGGAGCUGAGGCACCUUUCUGCCUCGUAUCCCAUUCCACAUCGCUGUCUCAAAAUCAUACGCACGAAGACAAUGUCAAAGAAAUCGAUUAGCCGUCAAAAGUACUUGGCAAACAAAUUAUCACCAUUAGUCCCUGCCUCAUAAACGCUACGCUACAUAUAUCUCAACGAUUUUACGCCUUCCCGUUCC